AUGUUUGUUAAAAAUAUAAUACUAGCUACCGCCCGCGCCUUCGCCCGCUUGUGCCCCGCAGACCAUCGCCCGGGAUUGAUGUGUUUCGCUCGUGCGUACGAUUAUCUCCGCGACGAACACGACGAGUGCUUCAAAGUUUCAAACUUCUUCUUCUUUGCCGUGCUGGUGGUAGCUCUGGCUAGAGAAUACCCAGCCGGCGUACAUCCAGCUGUGUGCCCGAACUACCCGUAUUGUGACGCGGACGCGCUUGCCCGCCACACCCCUGACGGCAUGCCCAUCCCACAGUGGGGAUACCACCCUGGAGUUGCUCCAGCUGCUCCUGGCCACGUUCCCGCCGCCCCGAGGUAUCCCGCCGACUUCCCUCCAGCGCUCUGCCCCAACUACCCUUACUGCUGGUGA